GCGGCGCGGCGGGGCGAGGGGGCGCGGGCUCGAGGGGCUGGCACAAAUGGUCAGGCGGCGGCGGCGGCGGAGGAGGCGGCGGUAGUUGGAGGCGCGGCGGGCGCUGCCGCCGGUGCGGGCAGAGCUGCGCGCCGCGGCCGCCCCGUCCCUGCCCUGCGCGCUCCCUUCAUGAGUCUCAAGUUCGGGCCGGGAGGAGCAGCAGCGGCAGAAGAGCGGCGGCGGCAGCCCGGCCGGGCGGGCGGCGGCGGCGGCACCGACUGAGCAUGGCCGAGCGGCGGGGGCCGGCGGGCGGCGGCGGGGCAGCGGGCUGUCCCUGCCCGCGCUCCUGCCCGCGGCGGCGGCUGCUGCUGCCGCUGGUGCUGUGGGCGGCGGCGGCGGCGCUGCCCGCCGGGGGCCAGCCGCCGGCGCCGCAGUACAACGGCGAGCGGGGCAUCUCCAUCCCGGACCACGGCUACUGCCAGCCCAUCUCCAUCCCGCUGUGCACCGACAUCGCCUACAACCAGACCAUCAUGCCCAACCUGCUGGGCCACACGAACCAGGAGGACGCGGGGCUGGAGGUGCACCAGUUCUACCCGCUGGUCAAGGUGCAGUGCUCGGCCGAGCUCAAGUUCUUCCUCUGCUCCAUGUACGCGCCGGUGUGCACGGUGCUGGAGCAGGCCCUGCCGCCCUGCCGCUCGCUCUGCGAGCGGGCCCGCCAGGGCUGCGAGGCCCUCAUGAACAAGUUCGGCUUCCAGUGGCCCGACACGCUGCGCUGCGAGAAGUUCCCGGUGCACGGCGCCGGGGAGCUCUGCGUGGGCCAAAACGCCUCCGAGCGUGGCACCCCCACGCCCGCCCUGCGCCCCGAGAGCUGGACCAGCAACCCGCAGCGCGGUGGUGCCGGGGGCGCCGGGCCCGGCGAGCCCCGCGGCCGCUUCUCCUGUCCGCGGGCCCUCAAGGUGCCCUCCUACCUGAACUACCGCUUCCUGGGAGAGAAGGACUGUGGGGCGCCCUGUGAGCCCGGCCGUCUCUACGGCCUCAUGUACUUCGGGCCUGAGGAGCUGCGCUUCUCCCGCACCUGGAUUGGCAUCUGGUCAGUGCUCUGCUGCGCCUCCACGCUCUUCACCGUCCUCACCUACCUAGUGGACAUGAAGCGGUUCAGCUACCCUGAGCGGCCCAUCAUCUUCCUCUCGGGCUGCUACACCGCCGUGGCCGUGGCCUACAUUGCCGGCUUCCUCCUGGAGGAGAGGGUGGUCUGCAACGAGCGCUUCACGGAGGAUGGCUCACGGACGGUGGCACAGGGCACAAAGCGGGAGGGCUGCACCAUCCUCUUCAUGAUGCUCUACUUCUUCGGCAUGGCCAGCUCCAUCUGGUGGGUCAUCCUCUCCCUUACCUGGUUCUUGGCCGCUGGCAUGAAGUGGGGCCAUGAGGCCAUCGAGGCCAACUCCCAGUACUUCCACCUGGCCGCCUGGGCUGUGCCAGCCAUCAAGACCAUCACCAUCCUGGCUCUGGGACAGGUGGACGGGGAUGUGCUCAGUGGCGUCUGCUUUGUGGGCAUCAACAACGUGGAUGCGCUGCGGGGCUUCGUGCUUGCUCCCCUGUUUGUCUACCUAUUCAUCGGCACCUCCUUCCUGCUGGCCGGCUUUGUGUCCCUCUUCAGGAUCCGGACCAUCAUGAAGCAUGAUGGCACCAAGACAGAAAAGCUGGAGAAGCUCAUGGUGAGGAUAGGGAUCUUCAGCGUUCUCUACACGGUGCCGGCCACCAUCGUCAUUGCCUGCUAUUUUUACGAGCAAGCUUUUAGGGAACAGUGGGAAAGGAGCUGGGUCACACAGAGCUGUAAGAGCUAUGCUAUCCCCUGUCCUAAUAACCACAGCAGCCAUCACCCGCCCAUGAGCCCUGACUUCACCGUCUUCAUGAUCAAGUAUCUCAUGACCUUAAUUGUAGGCAUCACCUCGGGCUUCUGGAUCUGGUCUGGGAAAACACUGAACUCCUGGAGGAAGUUUUACACCAGGCUGACCAACAGUAAGCAGGGAGAGACCACGGUGUGAAACCCCAGCCGGGCAGGCCGGGGAGGGGACCGCCUGGGCGGCCGGCAGCUGAGGGACCCAGGCGCCACUCGCCCGUGCCCACCUCGCCCACCAGCCAGCCAUGCAGAGAUACAUGCGCUUACCCAGCCUCAGCAAACUUUCCAGACUGCUAAUCGUUUCUCCAGGCUACAGGGAACAGAGAGAAAAAAAAGAGUCAGGUUUUGUAAUGGCUUUGCUUGGAGUUUCAGUUGCAUGAACAGCAGGGCCUGGACUGAGGCUGCUGUGACUGCCUAGGGCGCCUCCUGACACAGGCUGGGUCCUGAUCCCAGCCUGCCCGAGGUAUGUGGAGGUGGAGGUGGGGUUGGGGAGGAGCGCAGCUUCCUGGCUCGGUCCCGGCCCGUGUGCGGGAGCACAGCCGCCCGGCCCCGGGCGCCCAGCCGCCUGACCGCGGGUGGGACAGCGCUUCCCCCCGCCCUGCCCGCGGCCGCCUUGCUGGAGGAACCGGCCCCGCUGCCCCCGCACCCUGAGCGGCACCGGCGCCGAGCGCACCCAGGAGGGACCCUGCUGAGCCGCCCGGCCCUUGGCGGGAGGCGAAAAGAUAACCAGUCCUGCCCGAAGGUGUGUCCGGCCUUUUUCUGGACGGAGAGCAUCGCUGCAAUGCCUUGUGCUAGGGGGAUUGGCUGCCAGCUGUCCGUUCUUGUUUUUUAAAUCUAUUUAAAUGCACCACUUAGUUUUGAAAGACUUGGAUUUUUCUUCUUCUUCUUUUUUUUUUUUUUUUUUUUUUUUUUUUUUUUUUUUUUGUGCUUUGGCCAGGAGUUGAGGUUUAACACCGUCUGCACCUGUGGCCUGUCUGAUGGUUUAAGAAGUAAAUGGGGACAUAGCCAAUACCAUAGGAAAUAUCAAUUCCCUUCUUUUAGCCCACAUAAUGAACUUUUCAGUUGUAAAACAAAGAUAUCUGGUCUGGGUUUUUCCCUCAGAAAUGAGAUUAUUGGUCUUCGCUGUCACAAGGUGCAUAGGUUUUGGAGGAAAAAAAAAGGCAUAACUACAAACCUGAAUUCUGAGUGUGUAGUCACUUUUAGCUGUCUCCUUUCUUCACGGACAGCUUGCGUGUGUUUAUUCUUCUCUUAAUGAAAACUCUGACAGAGAACUACCUGGAAUGCUUUGUUGAGGUGCUGAUACUUAUUUAGAUUAACCGAGGGCUCAGUAUAAACAGGACCAGAAUAAAAUGCAGCAUUCAGAUUUUUUUUAAUUAAAUCCAUAAACUGGCUCUUCAUUUUGGAAACAUUUGAAUCAUUGCCCUGAAUUUUAGUUCAUUAACAUUUAAUUUGUUACACAUUAUGAGGGUGUGAUGAUUUCUGCCAGCAGUAAAAACAAAGGAAUAAAUAAUUUUAAAAAAAAAGUGUGUUUAAGCACUGUGGUGGGUUGUGAGACCUUAAGGAGCCUCUGCUAUCUUUUAAUUUUUUUUUAGUACAAUAAUAAAGAUUGCAUACUACAAAGAUAAGAUAUCAUGUGUGCAGUAUAUCUACUACCUUGUAUGCUCCUGGGUGUGUGGGAUUGUGCUUCUUGCUCCAAAAGGUUAAAAAUGAAAUGUAACUUUCAACAGAUGCAUUUGAAUAUUUAGUCCUCUGUAUGAAAAACAGCAGAAUGCUUCUCUCCUGAUUGUAUGUUUUAAACAUUUUUUUUAUAUAACAAAUGCCUGUAUUUAGGUUCAUAAACAUUAUCUAUGGCUACCAUACCCUGAAAUGCAAAAUUAUUUGAAUUUGGUAUGCAUUUAUUUCUGUUCAUUAUCACAAGAUCAUCUAUA